UUUUCAUUCGCAUGGCGAAGUAAACAUGUCAAAAGCCAUGUGUAGUUUUGGCAAAUUUUGAGUGCGGUAAAAAUCGAAGUUUUUCCAGUGAAAAUUAGUUUGAAAACGCAGAAAACAUUCACAAAUUAUGGCCAUCGAUACCAUUCAUAAGGCCGGUGCGCUAAAACAAACCAAUAAGGCGCACAAACAUGGAAAGCACGCAUCGAAACGAUCGCUAGAUAGAGUCGCCAAAGGAAAGACGAAUUUGAAAACCGCCACAAAAAAGUCGCAUCGGGAACUGGGCCGGGAAGAUCGCCGUCGGCAAGCCAAUCAGAUUCGUAAGAACAAGCGCCAGGAAGCGAUUGCCCUGAAGAGAGCGAUUGGGGGAGCCACGACGGCACCGUUUUUGACAUGCAUUCUACCGUUGCACGCCAAUGUGGACCCGAAUUCGGCACUUGCCAUUGUGGAAGGAUGCGACGAGGAGGCUACCGUUUUCAAAGUUUCCAACAGAAUUCGAUACAUGAAUGUUCCCCGAUUCCGACAGAGGUUCUCAUUCGUCACCCCGGAGGUAGGCCAUGGCCAUGAACUGUCCGUCUUGGAUGCACUGAAGGUAUGCGAUUCAACAAUCCUGCUACUGUCGGCAACCGAAAUCGAGGAUGAUAUCAUCGACAAAAAUGGGGCCAAAAUCCUGAAUAUGGCUCUUAGCCAGGGCCUGCCGACACCGAUGGUGUUCGUAAUGGACAUGGAGUCGAUUGCCCCGAAGAAGCGCGGCCAGGUGAAAAGUGCCAUUCAAAAGGCAAUCUCCGACGUUUUACCGGAUGAAAAGGUCAUGACGCUGGAUUCCAACACCGACGGGUUGAAUCUACUGAGACGGGUCGGCGGUCAAAAACGGAAGGUUCUUCACAACAAAGCGAAUCGGCCGCAUUUAUUCGGAGAGAAGGUUGAAUACGUGGCCGAGAUGGGCGAGGGAGGAGUGGGGACUCUGAAAGUUACUGGAUUUUUUCGGGGGGUUCCGCUGUCGGCCAAUCAGCUGGUACACAUCCCUGGUCUGGGCGAUUUCCAAAUGUCGGAAAUAUAUGCUCCGGAGGAUCCGUAUAAGCUGAGAAAGGGAGAUGAAGAAAUGUCAUCAGGAGAAUGCAAGCUGUUAGCUAAGGCCGAUGAGCAGAAGCAAACAAGUCUGCAGAGGGAGAACGUUCCGGAUGAGAUGGAUGCUGAGCAAACGUGGCCUACAGAGGAGGAAAUCGAAGCCUCUAAAAAUGAGAACAAGAAAAAGUUGAUUAAGAGAAUCCCUAAAGGAAUGAGUGACUACCAAGCAGCUUGGAUUCCCGAUAUUGAAGAAGUGUCCGAGGAUGAUGAUGACGAUGAGGACGAGGAUGAUGAGGACGAAGAAGGUGAAGAGGAUUACAUGUCAUGCGAGUCUGAUACUGAGAGUAAGGCGGGAGAGCAGGGUGAAACCGAAGAGGAUGAUGAAGAAUAUGAAGAAGUCAGCGUCUCCGAAGGUCCUGUGUCAGCCGAAAGAUAUGACAAACAAAUGGAUAUGGAAGAAGAGAAGAGAACACUUGCGAAGUUACAAGCAGCCAAGGAUGAUGAAAUUUUUCCAGAUGAAAUUGACACUCCAGCAAAUGUCCCGGCCCGAGAACGAUUCCGGAAAUACCGCGGAUUGGAAUCGUUCCGAACAUCUCCUUGGGAUGUAAAGGAAAAUCUUCCUCUGGAUUAUGCAAAAAUCUACCAAUUCAAGAACUUUGACCGCACCAAGCGACGGAUCAUCAAAGGCGCCCAGGAAGUGGAUGAUGGAGUUAUGCCUGGCUGGUACAUUCAAGUUUACGUGAAAAAUAUUCCACAAGAUGCGUGGAAUGCCUACCUUUCCGCCGGAAAUGGCAAUCAGGUCGUCCUGUACGGUUUGCUACCUCAUGAGCAUCAAAUGUCCGUUAUGAACGUGUGUUUGAAGAGGACCUCCAAUUCAACCAUCCCCAUCAAAUCCAAGGAGCGUCUGAUCGUCCAGUGUGGCUUCAGGCGGUUUAUUGUAAAUCCGAUAUUCAGCCAGCAUACCAAUGGCGACAAGCACAAGUACGAGCGGUUCUUCCGACCGGGAAUGACCGUGGUCGCUACCUUUUUCGCUCCGAUACAGUUCCCUCCGGCUCCGGUGGUUUGCUUCCGAACCAAUCCGGACACCUCUCUCGGAAUGGUGGCAUCCGGCAGUGUGAUAGAUUGCAAUCCAGACCGAGUGGUACUGAAGCGGGCCGUCAUCAGUGGCCAUCCGUUCAAGAUCCACCGCAAAUCGGCCGUGAUUCGGUACAUGUUCUUCAAUCCGGAAGAUAUCGAGUACUUCAAGCCGUGCAAGCUGCGGACCAAAUUGGGCCGAUUGGGUCACAUCAAGGAAUCACUGGGAACUCACGGUCACAUGAAGUGCAUAUUCGAUACACAGUUGAAAUCACACGAUACGGUUUUGCUGUAUCUGUACAAACGAGUGUACCCCAAGUGGACGUACGAGGACUGCAUUGUCUCGUGUGCUGAUGCUGCGGCUGGGCCCAGUGGUAGUGGUUCCGUUACCAGUCUCAAAGAAGACGAGGAAAUGCAAGAGUAAUAGAGGCAGUGCAAAAGGUAAGUUUUAAGAUUUUGUUGUAUUCUUUAUACUACAUAUAACAGAAGUUAUAAUCAAAAGUA